CAACAACAGAAAUGCAGACCAUGACGAAACAUGGAGACUUAGUGAAAGCGCAAGAAAAAUAAAAACUAUAAGAAAACACAAGUAUUACCCACUCAAAUGGAAUCAAAAAGACUAAAAAAAUGUACAACUAAAGGAAUCAGUAAGAACAAACUGCAAGUAUAUACAUGGAGGUUUUUUCACAUACAAAACAUUCAAAAUGGAUUUUACAUACUAUUUUCAUCUAAGCUCUAUGUCUCACAUUGUCGCUACUGGUUCCGUGUUACAAUGAAAUCAGAUAACUAAACCUUUGUAUUGUUCGUUAAAAUCCAUUUGUUAUAUCAAACUGCUAUGAAGAUAACUAGUGGUAUAAGAUAUAAGAUACUGGUCAGAUGACAUGUGUUUUAGAGAUAAAGACGAAUGAUAACUGGAUUAUACUACUUGAAUAACAUCUUCAAGCCCUAAUUUUUCCAAUUACUGCUUAUACUUUUACUACCUCUACCACAAUGGGAUUUGAAUCUACAACUGCAUCUCUGUGCUGAUAUGGUAUGACAACUUGAAAUGAUGUACGUACAUACGUUCGAAGUGCUACGUUGUUACUGACUGACUAACUGACUGAGUUUCGUAUAAUCUAUUUAUCUUUAAUCGUAUGUCAUAUGAAGUCAAACAUAAUUAAACAAAUAAUGAAAUCUGUGUUUCUAUCUCAAUAUAACUAAUGUUCUCUGUUUAUUUUUCAAUAGAAUAUAUAUGAUAAACAGGAAGUGUUCAAAGUCUAUAUAUAUGAUCGGAUCUAAACAUUAUUAAUUAGAUUUGUAAGUAAUAAUAGAUAUAUAAAAAAAUAUGACCUUGGAAUAUGAAUAUACUGUUACACAUUCAUUUCGUUAUCUUAUUUAUCCAUUUAUAUAUAAAUAUCACGUACAUAUAAUAAGAUAGAAACUUAAUAAGUGUUGUUAGAAAAUGUAUAUUCUGAUUGUUAUACAAUUGUUUCUUAAUUUGAAUCAUGUUACAACUUGGAAUGUAUACGGAUAUAUAGAAUCACAGAUACCAGAGCAAAUACAUAUUGCUUUGGGAGUUGAAUAAUUACACAAUCAUCUAAAGUUAGUUAACUCCAUCAGUUCGAAUCACUGUUUCGAUGUUCUGGAACGUUCCCUCCCAAACUUUACUAAUUCGAAACAAAAAUGUUAUGACCUCAUUAACUCUAUCUGAAUCUUCGCUACAUCAUGAUACACUGAUCCAUCUUUAAUAACCCUCCUAUGUCUAACUAUGUCAAUAUCUGUAAUAGCGUCGAUUUUCAAAUAUUUUAGGUUGUAAGCAGCUAAUGAAAUAAAAUGAAUUCAUAUUAAUCUGCACCAAUCUUUGUUCUUGCUCCAUUGAAGAUAUAGUUUCAGUAAAUUAAUAAAGGGUUCACAUUCUAGUAUGUUACAGUUAUAUUGAUUCCCGAACGUUCAUUUGCAAUUAGACAUUUAGAUUUAACCAAUAUUUUUGUAAAAAUAUAAAUGGAGUUUUUUAUUAUAGUGAUCAAGAAAAGAAGUACAGGCGAACGAAUGCACUUUAACACAAAAUUACAGAAUAUCUCACUGAGAUCUAACAACCAUACAGUGAAUGCUUAAUUUGCAAAAUAUCAAUCAAUUGUCUCAAUCUUGACUUUCUUUUGCAAAUAUCAGUCUAUCGUCUCAGAUUUCGUUGUUCCUGCAUUUUCAUACCAAUUGCUUUCUGUUUCCGUUCUUUCCUUCUCGAUCUUCUACUGAAAUACAUUCCAAUCCUGACUAUCGUCAUGUGCUACUUAUGUGCAUAAGUAGCGCACACCACAGUAUAUAGAUUAAAGAAUGUGUUCAGAGUGUGUAUACUACACACAUAUUAUUUUUAGUAAAUGAUGAAUACAUUUUGUAUGGUGGCAAAAUAGUGAUAUAUUUUAUUAUUAUUAACAGUAUGGUAUGUUAGACCACUAUUGAAAACCUGGAAGCACUAGACGGCCGUUUCGUCCUAUUGUGAGACUUCUCAGCAAUGCGCAUCCACAAUCCUGCUCGCGGGAUUCGAACCCAGCAACUUUGGUCUCGCGCGUGUGAGCGCUUAACCUCUAGAUAACUGAGCCGGCACCCGAUGGUGUUAAUGUCGAACCUCGACUAAUCCACGGAAUUGCGUGACCAUCUCCCAUUUUUAUCAAUAUUAUACUAAACAAUCAACUCAUUUAAAGUUAUUGUCAAUCCUUGACAUUGAUAGUUGUCGUUUAGAUUACUUUUGUUCCAAUACAAAUGUGCAUCUAAAUUGGAAUUAUAGUACAUACAAACGGAAAUCUUUUAAUAAUAAACCAGUUUAUUCGUAAUAAAAAUCAUUCGGAAAUGUUGUAUAACACCUCUGUAUAGCUAGGCACUGAAACAGUGUUAACUGUCUCUAUGAACAUGAUUCAACUCUUCAUUUUGAUCAAUCAUUUUUGUGGUCAUGUUUAACACCAUAUAAAUAACAGUAUUUUUGUAUCAUAGAGCAACCAUCCACCAUAAGUAUUACAUGGGUUACACAAGAAAAUACAGAGAGUUCAACUGUACUCUACGGUACUACGCUGUUAAAUAUGAAAAGUACUGGCCACGUUAAAGAGUUUAUUGAUGGAGGACGUGAACAACGCAAAAUGUAUAUACAUCGAGUGAUUUUAUCCGAUUUAAUUGCUAAUACAACUUAUUAUUAUAAAUGUGGUAGUUUAGAUGGUUGGUCUGAUGUUUUAAAAUUUCGUGCCCUCCCAUCUCAUCCUUAUUGGUCACCUAAACUAGCAGUCUAUGGAGAUAUGGGAGCAACUGAUGCACUUUCACUACCCGAAUUAAUUCAUCAAGUCACAGAUUUAAAUAGUUAUGAUCUGGUAUUACAUGUUGGUGAUUUCGCCUAUAAUAUGGAUUCAGAUAAUGCAAGAGUUGGUGAUCAAUUUAUGCGUAAUAUACAACCAAUUGCAUCAAAAGUUCCUUAUAUGACAUGUGUUGGUAAUCAUGAAGCUGCUUAUAAUUUCUCAAAUUAUAAAGCAAGAUUUACAAUGCCUGGAGGUGAUGGUGAAUCACAAUUUUAUAGUUUUAACGUUGGACCUGCGCAUAUUGUGGCAUUCUCCAGUGAAUUAUAUUACUUUUUAUUUUAUGGAUGGAAAACAUUAGUGAUGCAAUAUGACUGGUUGAUUAAAGAUUUACAAGAAGCGAAUAAACCAGAAAAUCGAAAAAAUCAUCCGUGGAUUAUUGUAAUAGGUCAUAGACCAAUGUAUUGUUCGAAUAAUUUUGAUCCCAUGCAUUGUGAUUUUGAAAACAAUAUUGUACGCACCGGAUUCGACAUAUCAACUAAACAUCAUAAAAAUGUAUAUCUUAUGGGAUUGGAAAGCUUAUUUUAUCAGUAUGGUGUGGAUUUGAUCAUUGCUGGCCAUGAACACUCAUAUGAGAGAUUUUGGCCAGUUUACAACAGAACCGUUUGUAAUUCUACAACAAGUCAAAAUCCAUACAAAAAUCCAAACGCUCCAGUACAUAUUGUUAGUGGAGCUGCUGGGUCAAAUGAAGGUAAAGAUACAUUUAUAUAUGGUGGAAAACCUUGGUCAGCAUUUCGAACAACUGACUUUGGAUUUACUAGAAUGACGAUACAUAACGUUACUCACUUAGAAAUUGAACAAAUUUCAGUAGAAAAUGAACGAGAAGGUCAAGUGAUUGAUUCCUUCACAAUCAUCAAGGAUGAACAUGGAGCAGGUUUAUAUACUUGUCAUAAUAAAGAUUCAUUUGAUUACUACAGUAUUACAGGUGUUUAAUUGUUGUUAUUAUAUAAUUCUCAACAAUCAAUAUAUUGUUUUCCUCUUUAAAACCUUGUGAUUAUUACUUUUGAGCAAAAUAUACAUUUUUUCAGAAGGG